GAGUUCCAUCCCUCAUUUCCAGCGCAAGAACAGCCUUAGCAACUUUCGAUCCCUACAACUUCAGUGCAAUGGCUGCUCUCACCGCUUCCCUGGUCUCCUGCCCCGUGGCUGUGGCUGCCAAGCCCAGCAAGGCUGGCUUCUCCGGCCUGGCCCGCGUCGCUCUCCCCGCGAAGGCUGUCCCCACCUUCGCCCAGAGGACCGUCUCAAACGGCUGCCGCACCCGCCAGAUGCUCGUGUGGGAGCCCGUUGACAACAAGUUCUUCGAGACCUUCUCCUACCUGCCCCCUCUGACCGACGACCAGAUCGCCAAGCAGGUCGACUACAUCAUCCGUCAGGGCUGGACCCCUGCUCUGGAGUUCUCGAACGCUGAGAGCGCCUACGUGAAGGAUGUCGCCAACAUCCGUUUCACCGGCGGCUCUGCUAGCUGCAACUACUACGACAACCGGUACUGGGCGAUGUACAAGCUGCCCAUGUUCGGCUGCACUGACGCCUCCCAGGUGCUGGCUGAGAUCGCCAACGCCGUCAAGACCUUCCCCGACUCCUACGUCCGUAUGGCAGCGUUCGACGCUGUCCGUCAGGUGCAGACCGUCGCCAUCCUGGUGCACAGGCCCGCCUCUGCCACCGACUACAGGCUGCCGGAGAACCGCAGCCGUUGAUCGGCUGCACAACGCAAUUAGAAAGACCUCAGUACUGUAAAUCAUUAGCGAACCUUUAAACCUGCAGAUUCCCUGUGGCUUAGCUGCUCCAAGGAAUAGUACUUUCAAGACUGGGGGUGCCUGCUUGUGAUUGCUGAACUGUUGGUCCAUGGAUUGUCCCAUUGUCUGUGAGCACAUGCUCCACUUCCACCUGUAUUGGCAUCUGCCUUCUGUCUGAGGGACUGCUGAGAAGAACACCGAGAAGAACAAGAGCGAUAUGUAAGGGGCUUAUUUGGGGUCG